CCAAACUCACGGCGCGGCCCUGGGAGUCCCGGGAGGAAGGGACGAGGAAGCGCUUGCAGAGGAGACGCCGGAGCAGAAGGGCGCCGGCGCCGAGCAGCCCGAAGUUGUCUCCGUCGAGUCGCGCCGAGCCUGGGCAUGCAAGCAACGCCCCCGGGGGUCCGGUCGCCCCUCAGGAGCCCGCCGAGCGCGCGCUUGCGGCCGGACGAGGGCGGGCGAGGGUGCCGAGCCGCGAGCGAACGCAGCAAAAUGAGUGGCGAGGGCGACUACAGCUUCAGACGGGUGGCGAUCCGGCGGAAGUCCAACCCCUCCUACCUGCCGCCUGGGAUCCCCCGGCCGUGGAGUCGGCCCUCGUCGCACCUGCAAUGGGCCGAGAAGGCCACGUUCAGGGGCCAGGCCCCCGAAGACGCCCCAGGCAGCAGUACCUGUCCAAAGAUCACUAUAGUUUCACCUUGCUUGAAAAGCAGCACAACCACACUGAUUGAUCAGAAUGUAUCUGAUGAAGAGGCUCAGGGAAUAAAUGGGAAAACUCCAGCAAAACACUCAGCUGCAAGUCCAAAGCCACAAGUGCCUCCAAAGCCACUACACCUGCAGAAUUCACCUUCGUCCAAUAUACACCAAACCCCCAGGCAUAAAGCUUUAUCUAGUGCAAAACCAAGGAUGGAGGAAGUUAAACCUGCCUCUGCUUCUUGUGUCUCAAAAGAAAAACCCAGUAAGAUAUCAGAUCUCAUCAGUCGCUUUGAAGGAGGCAGCUCAUUAUCAAAUUACAGUGAUUUGAAAAAAGAUUCUGCUGUGAACCUAAAUGCGCCUAGAACCCGAGGAAGGCAUGGAUUGACAACCACACCUCAGCAAAAACUCCUCUCCCAACACUCACCACAGAAGCAGGGAAAUGAUACAGAUCAAUCUCAGGGUGCACAGACUUGUGUGGCUAACGGUAUGGUAGCAGCACAAACCCAGAUGGAAUGUGAGGAGGAUAAAGCGGCCACUCUUAGCCCGGAUACUCCUAUUCAGACUUCUGAACCCUUGCCCGAUACAAACUUAGUGAAUGGAGAAAGACAGGAAACAGCCACAGACCCUGCAUCCCCCACAACAAAUGACUGUGAUGAAAAUGUUUCUGACAGUAGCUGCAGGACUUUACAUGUCGGCCCAGUGCUCCCCCUGGAAGAAGGAAGGGCAGACACAGAAGCCAAGGUACAGGAGAGGGAAGAUGGAGAAAGCCCCCUAGAACUGGAACAGCUGGACCAGCACCAUGAGAUAAAGGAGACUAAUGAGCAAAAACUUCACAAAAUAGCCAAUGAACUUUUGCUUACAGAAAGAGCUUACGUCAGCCGACUUGACCUCUUAGAUCAGGUAUUUUAUUGCAAACUACUGGAAGAAGCAAAUCGAGGCUCAUUUCCAGCAGAGAUGGUGAAUAAAAUCUUUUCUAAUAUUUCAUCAAUAAAUGCCUUCCAUAGUAAAUUCCUAUUGCCAGAGCUGGAGAAAAGAAUGCAAGAAUGGGAAACUACCCCUAGAAUUGGUGACAUCCUUCAGAAAUUGGCCCCAUUCCUUAAGAUGUAUGGAGAAUAUGUGAAGGGAUUUGAUAAUGCAAUGGAAUUGGUUAAAAACAUGACAGAGCGUAUUCCCCAGUUCAAAUCAAUAAUUGAAGAAAUUCAGAAACAGAAGAUCUGUGGGAGCUUGACUUUGCAGCAUCACAUGCUAGAACCUGUUCAGCGGAUUCCCCGGUAUGAGAUGCUCCUUAAGGACUACCUAAGGAAAUUGCCUCCUGGUUCUCCGGACUGGAAUGAUGCUAAAAAAUCACUUGAAAUUAUAUCUACAGCAGCAAGUCAUUCUAAUAGUGCAAUAAGAAAAAUGGAGAACCUAAAGAAACUCUUAGAGAUUUAUGAAAUGUUGGGAGAAGAAGAAGACAUUGUAAAUCCUUCAAAUGAACUAAUAAAAGAAGGACAGAUCCUCAAACUAGCUGCUCGGAACACAUCGGCACAAGAGCGCUACCUUUUCUUAUUCAACAACAUGUUGCUGUACUGCGUGCCAAGAUUCAGCUUGGUGGGCUCUAAAUUCACAGUUCGAACCAGGGUUGGCAUUGAUGGAAUGAAAAUUGUAGAGACUCACAAUGAGGAAUAUCCACACACUUUCCAGGUAUCUGGGAAAGAGAGAACACUGGAACUACAAGCCAGUUCUGAGCAAGACAAAGAAGAAUGGAUCAAGGCACUUCAAGAGACUAUUGAUGCUUUCCAUCAGAGGCAUGAAACCUUCAGAAAUGCAAUUGCCAAGGAUAAUGACAUUCACUCAGAGGUUUCUACUGCUGAGCUAGGAAAAAGAGCCCCAAGAUGGAUCCGAGAUAAUGAAGUUACAAUGUGUAUGAAAUGCAAGGAGUCUUUUAAUGCCCUGACGAGGAGAAGGCAUCAUUGUCGAGCAUGUGGACAUGUGGUUUGUUGGAAGUGUUCUGAUUAUAAAGCUCAACUUGAGUAUGAUGGUGGUAAAUUGAGCAAAGUUUGUAAAGACUGUUAUCAGAUAAUAAGUGGAUUCACAGACAGUGAAGAAAAGAAAAGAAAAGGAAUUUUAGAGAUUGAAUCUGCAGAAGUAUCUGGAAACAGUGUGGUGUGCAGUUUUCUUCAAUAUAUGGAAAAGUCAAAACCUUGGCAGAAAGCUUGGUGUGUGAUCCCCAAACAAGACCCUCUUGUGCUGUACAUGUAUGGUGCCCCCCAGGAUGUCAGAGCCCAGGCCACCAUUCCACUCCUAGGCUACAUUGUGGAUGACAUGCUGAGGAGUGCAGACCUGCCACACAGUUUCAAACUGACCCAGUCCAAGUCUGUGCACAGCUUUGCUGCAGACAGUGAAGAACUGAAACAGAAGUGGCUGAAAAUCAUCCUUUUAGCUGUCACAGGUGAGACGCCAGAUGGUCCUAGUAAGCAUCCAGCCACUUUGGACGAUGAUCCUGAACCUAAGAGAAAAUCAGAAUGCUGAGUUCCAGGGCCUACCGCGGUAUGGAGGGGGGGAUCUCAAGAUUUACAGCUCAAGACAUUCUCAGCUCUCCUUAUUCAUCUCUUAGCACUUUAUGUUGAAAAAUACAAGCUCAUAAAUGCAUCUUUGGGGGGACUAUUUUCCUAUGUUUAUGUACUCUUACUGAAAUUAAUGUGUAGAGCCAUUCUACCCAUAAAGUUUGAAAUAAUGUGAAAAAUGGAGCAUUUUUUAAUGAGCUAUUCCUUGAAUAUGUACUUUUGUCUUGGAAAAAACUGGUAUCAAUUCUAUCACUUCAGGUUAGAAAAGGCCACUUUCAUUUAAGAAAUCCUUUAAUGUCUUCACUUACACAUGUAGGAUUUAUAACAGUUUGAAAGAUAUACCUCCAUGUUGCCAAAAUAGAUCCACGUUAAAAAUAAAAAGUACAGGGACAGUUUAGGCUAUUAACUUAUUUAAUUUAGUUUAUAAAGCUCAAGCUGCAUAAAUGAUGUACAUUCUUUUAAAACAAAAGAAAAAGAACAAAUUGUUGGUAUUCAAACUUUCAACCUAUUAAGAUAAUACUUGUUUUUGUAGAAAUACUUCUAAGAAUAAAAUAUCUUAAGUAUAUAGCAAUUAUGUAUAUAUAGUAUUAAAUACGAAUAUAUAUAUAUAUAUAUAUACACACAUUAUACAUGCUUUUCUCUUCAGCUUUAGGUUCAUAUUUGUCUCUAAUUUAUUUUUUAAAUAUACAGCAUGUUUUAUCUUGGAAUUGACCAGUGUUCUAAACUUAAGAAAUGUUUUUGGUGAUUUAUGUUUAACUGAUUGACAUCUAAGGGUCUUGAUAUUUUUAUAAUAAAAAGCUGUAAUUUAUGUGGCAUGGGAUAUAUUAGUGAAUUCCAACAGUAUUUUUAAAGUACUAUUUUUCUUUGUUCUGUGCCUAUUUAAAACAGUGCCUCUCUUUGAAGGUGCUAAUAAUACCUACUUAAAUAUAAGAUGAGGGUUUAAUUAAUGCUUCAGUCUUGAUUAUUCUGAGAUAAAGUGCAUUUUGGUCACUGGGAUGGUCAAGUCAUACAGGUUAUUUUACCUUUUACAAUCCUCUAAUUGUUGCAGCAGUUAAUAUCAGCAUGUACAAGAUACCUGACCUUACACAGAACUGGGACAUAUGGAAACUACAUUUAUUGUUAUGUUUUUCUUUCCCAUAAGACUGUUAAUUGUGGUUAAAUGAGGACUAUAUAUAAUUAACACUUAAGAUAACUGUGUGGGCCUAUUCGUUUGCCAGAUAUGAAACAAGAUUCACAUGGGAUAAUGUAUGAUUGAGGGGGAUGGAUAGGUAAUUAAGAAAGUUUAUCCUCAACUCUUUAAGCCACCUCAUUAAAGAAGAGUGGGGAAAAAUACAGUAUAAAAAAGCAAUAUUUUAAUGGCAGGUUUUUCGGGGGGGUACAAGAUGAUUGGCGAGAGUUUGAGCAUUCUUUUCCCUUUUAUCCUCUGGGGAAUUUUAAUAGAUAAAAUGUGAUUCCUUGUCACAAAGGCUGCUUUUUAUUAUAUUGUAAUUGUGAUUAAAAUCUCACGUUAAGUUGGCUAUUUAAGUUAAUCCUUUCCUCAAGAUUAGAUCACUCUGUCUCUUUUUUUUUCUCAUUUACUCUGUCAUUUUCCAAACAUUGUCACUUUUUUUUUUUUUAAUUGUUACUGUUUAAUGCAUCUGUCUUCUAGAAAUCAACAAGAACGGCACCACUAUCCUCGGCUUUUGAGGAUGACACCUUAAAUGUAGAUUAGAUUCACUCAGAAUUUGAGAUUGCCACACAUCUAUUCAGGCCCUGUUUUUUUUAAGAAAUAUUUGAAGUAUCUCUUUUCUUCCCCCCCACACCCCUAAGGAGCAGAUAAACUAAUUAUAGUGGGCAUGAUUAGGUUGCCUUCCUCUGUAAAAGGAACAUCAGCCAUGAUCAUCAACAUUAAACCAAAUACUUAGAGCCAAAAAAAGAUAAAGGUAGCUUCUUAGGCCCUAUUAAAUUAAGGACAAAUUUUUAAUUUUUUACAUUGCUUCUCUUUUCUAGUUGCCAACCGUGUGUGUGUUUGUGUUCAGGGGUGGUUAUUGAGAAGGUUGACCUACGGCUAUAGGUGAUGCUUUGGUUUUCUUAAUCUCAAGAAAAGAGAAGCAAUAAAAAUGUAGAAUGGUUAUCAGGAGAAGGUGACUUUUGUAAAUGUGGAUAGAAAAAUGGAAAUGUAAGAGCCAAUUAGAAUAUUUACGAGCCAGACUAUUUUUGAAAACUAUUUUGAACAACAAGAAGAUUACACUUUCCCUACAAAUAAGUUCUGCUGGAAUGGAAGUAACAUGAACACAUUCAAGCUUUGGCUCAAUAAAUAUCAAAUGUUAUUUAAUUUAGAUUAUUUAAAGAAUACUCAUGUAAAGAGAAUAUUUAUUAUCAUGCUCUUAACAUUAUCUUUAAUUUUUUCAAAAAAAAGUAGAUAUUAGUAUUAGAAGAGAAUUUCUGCUUAUCCAGUCACCGUCUUCACAUUCCACAUGUUCUUUUGCCAAGCACAAAGAGAAGCAAUGAAGCAGCCUUACCUGUUUCUUAUUAAAGAAUUACGAAUGUUUUUACUUGGAGAAAGGCAAAGGAAUACUCCUAGCCAUUUAGAAACACUCAACCAAAAGACCUCAAAAUGUGAUUGGCUGGUUACAAGAAUAAUCUGUCUUUUGCUUUCUGAGACACCUGAGCAGUCAUGACAAAUUGAACCUAGAAAAAUAAUUGGUUGUUUUACUAUUAAAACCAACAUUCCAUACUGGUCUUAUUCUUUAUUUUCUCUAAAUCAUCUUUUCUUUAAAGUGCCCUUUCUCCAAACUUAACAAAAUACUUCUUUGAUAAAAACUGCUAUUUUUUAUAAAACAUUCCAGUUUUUUUCAACAUAAAUUUUGCUUUAUUGAAAGUCUACCAAUGAAAUGUAGUGCAGACUUAUCUCCAGGUUUUAAGAGGGACCCAAUAAUGAAAAAUGCCACCAGCCACUUUUGUAAUAACGGCAUCUAUAAUGCCAUCAUGUAUGCAAGCAAUAAAACUCUACAGGGUGGGUUUUACACUGAACUUUUAAUGUGAACGUUCCUAGCCACAAGGAUAUAGAGAAUUAACUCUUAGGAGUGAUACUGUGAUUCAAAUUGCUCAGUAUAGGGAAAAGAACGUAUGUGUGGCAGGGGGAUGGGGAAGGGACAACAUUAUUCCUUGGAUUCAAGUAACCAUCAAAAGCCUUUUUAUUUUUUUUCUUUUUUAAUUUUUUUUAAAGCCUUUUUUUUUUUUUGCAAAGGGUAUGUAUGGGUGGUUAAAAACAGUUAAAGCACAUCUGCACUACUUUAUCAAGUUACAUUUCAUUUUCCAUGAAGUUUAAUGUUGCUUGGUGUACUUAUAUUCACUGGGUAAGCUACCCAAAUUAAAACAACAACAACAACAACAACAACAAUUUUUUAAAAUUACCAAACGUUUUAUUGUCUUCUUUGUGGAAACAGGAAACAAAUCUAAAUUCCCCUUUAAAUUUUAGAUCUCAUUUCUGGUUAUACUCAAAGCCUUAAGUUCUUAUCCUGAGCAUAUUGUCUGUGGUAACUGUAAUAAUGAUCUUUCUGGGCUGGUUAUAUCCUGAGGAAAAGGCACCAACAGGAGCAAAUAAACUUCUAGGAAACAAAGGUCUUUUUUUCUUUUUCUUUUUUUUUUUUUCAGGUAUCCUUGCUAUAAUGCAGAGUAGAAAAUACAUUAAAUUUUUCUACAUCACAUAAUGUUCCUGUUAGCAGGUCUAAGAUUAAUCACAUGGUAUUUAUAAGCUAAAAUUAAUUCAAAAGGCAAGAAUGUCAUAAUGUCUUCAUUCUUAACUUUUGUAUUCUUCAAGAAUAUAUUAAUAUAAAAUCUGUGGCUAACCUGUUCUUAUUCUUAGGACUAUACUGGACAUCUGUAGUGGAUCAUGUUACUUUUUCAUUCUCGUCCAAUUUUAGUAAAAUCAAAUUGCUUUUUAUUUUCAAAUUACUAUCUACUAUAGAGUCUCCAGAUUUAGAAAAUAGGAGUAUGAUAUAUAAAAGACCACUAGAUAUACUUUUAAAACCCUUUCUAUGAAUUUAUGCAUACAUGUAUAUAUGUAAAAGCACUGUUGAUUUCCAAUUCUGUUUUUCCAUAGGAACGAAAUUUUUAUAGAAAGUAUUCUUUUUAACUUAAAUAUUUUAACAUAAAUUAUAUACAUGGAUUUUUAGUAUAAUUCAUUCUUAUGUAUGCCCUGUAAUUAUGUUGUCAUGAGAGGGUAACUUUGCUUUCUUUACUGAUGUGGUAGAGAGGAAUAAGAUUAGGAACUGAAACAAGCAAGAACAGAGAGAGAGGUGGACAGAAAGAGUCCCUUGGUCUCCAAAUCAGAGCAAUGUAUGCUAAGAUAAAUGAAAAACACUUAAACUGCAGAGGGAUAUAAACUACAGGAUGUAAAUCUAUGUAAUUGCACACUGAUGGGAUGCAUUACACCUGGGCCUUUCACCUUGGCCUAUAAAUUAUACCACUAGUAUCCUGUCAUUACUUUUUCUUUAGACCUAAAAAAAAAAAAAAAAUUCUAUUGGACCAUUUUCUGCACUGUUUACUGACAUAAAAAAUCCCUCUAAAGUCAAUCAUGGUCUGUAUUCUACUUUCUGGACUGAACAUAUGGCAGAAAAUAGUGUCUUUUCUGUCUUUUGAGAUGAAAUAGCACAUGGCUUCUACAAGAUAGUUUUUAACUCAUUGGAGGUCACUGAGAGUUACAUGAUGUUUACCCCUUCCUAAAAUUCAUUAUAGAUUGAAUUAGUGAGACUAGGUAGAUUUCGUGAGAAAUUAAAUCAAGAAAUAUUGUAGCAUAUUUGAAUAAGUGAAUACCAAAUACAUAGAGUGAUAUAUAUAUAUAUAUGGGUUUGGGAAGAGACAUAAUAGUCUAUGGGGACCAUUAUGAUAACAGAAUUACAUUAUAUAUUACACAUUAUAUGGAUGUUGAAAUGUAUCGCUUGGGGGGGUCUCCCUUCAUUAGCAAUCAUAUCUGUAUAUAAAACUUUGGAGGUUUUUGUUUGUUGUACCAAACUAGCAUUUCAUUUUAUGAGUGACAAUUGACUGAUAUUCUUGAAUAAGUGUUAUCUGGGUUUUUGAAUUGUUGACUGAUCAGUUUGAAAUGUAUAUUAGCAAAAUUUUAGAGUUAACUCAAAUGUGAGAAAGUGUACACAAAAAGUAAUUUUUCUCUUCUAGCUAUAUGAAUGUAAAAUACUUGCAGAUAGUGUAUAUAUUGUGUAACAUAUGUAUAUUUGGUCAUAAAGGCAGAGAAUUGGAAACAUUGUAAAAUUAAGCACUUUAAUUCCUAUUAAAUAUUAAACACUUGUAUCUUG